CAUCAAAAUCUCAGUAUGAAGAAGCGCCACAGAAAAAGAUCAGAGAAAAAGAARCUUAAAAAUUCAAGCAAGGAAGUUGCAGCAAUCUCAGGUUCAGACUUAUAUCUUGGAGAUUUUGCAAAUGCCAAAGAGCCAAAGAAAACCUCAAAAAAGAUUCUGAAAAGCUCUCUAAAUCCAAAGGCAAAAGAAAGACCUCUGAAGAGGCAUCAUACAAAACUUGAAACAAAUGUUUGUUCCUGUGAAGGUUGUUUUUCACAGUCAAAAAAAGAAGAGAUACUAGCUGACUUCCCAAGUAAAGUACAAGCACAAAAUCAGUACCUAUUGAAUUUAAUGUUUCAAUUUGGAAAAAGCAAUGCUGAGACUGAAGAAGACCUUGAAAAUUUAAAGUAUACAAUUAUGGGAGAAACUAUCUGUGAAUGGUGCUUGUGUGUACUGUACAACAUCAGUGAUUAUCGAUACGAAAGAGUUAAGAACUUUUAUCGGGUUGGUGCAAAAGUUAUUGAACAUGGCAAUAAUUUUCGGCAUCACAUUGUAUCUGAAAAAACUAUGCAAGGACAGCAAUGGCUUGAGAAUUACUUUAAUCUAUUUGGUGAACCAAUGCCGCAUGAUGAUAUAUUCCACCUGCAUGUCCCAUCCAAAAAGGCUGUGUUUGAAGAGAAGCCUGAUUAUAUUGAAACUGACACAAAAUCACUUUAUAAAUAUUGGGACAGCAAAGUGAAAAUACCUACUAAGAAUCAGAUCUUUGCAAGAUGCCCUCAAUGUCAGUCCUUGAAGAAAAGGUGUAUGGAAGCUGGAAAGUGCUUGCCAGCUUUGGAAGCCUUGAAGGAAGAAAGGAGCAAACACAAGGAUUUAUACAUGGCUGAGAAGCAAGAUUAUUAUGCACGGCAAAUAGAAAGUGUGCAUCAACCUGAAGACUUGCUGUGCGUGAUUUAUGAUGGCAUGCACAAAGAAAAGACAAGGCUGCCAAGAUUUUCAGCAAACCCAUCCAAAGAUCUAGAGACUAUACAGAAAUUACCAUGCAAUUUAGAAGGCUUUAUUUGUCAUCGACAAGGUUUGGAUGUGCAACCAAAAUUAGGUUUUGGUUUUUUGAAUCUUUUUUACCAAGAUAAUGCAGACCUGAUUCUGAGUUGUCUGGUCCACUUGAUCAACACUUUGGCAGCACCCUUUCCAAGAAAUCUGAGUCUUCAAUUUGAUAAUGCCAGCAACAACAAAUGUAACACAUCCAUCGCAUUGUUUGCCUAUCUUGUUUCUGAGGGGAUAUUCCAUAAUGUUUAUGGCAACACGCUAAUUGUGAACCAUACCCAUGAAGAUGUAGAUAGGAUGUUUGAAAAUACAAAUGAAAAGCUAAAAAGGGCAGAUAUGGUCACGUCUCAUGAAGUGGCAACUCUCAUGAUGCAAGUGCCAUACGUUCAAAAUGUUAAAGAAGUGCCAUGUGUCUGGGAUAUUACAUCAUUUCUUUCACCAUUUCUGACAACUGUUCAUGACUUUGCCAACGUCCAUCACUUCUGGUUACAUAAGAAUUGCGAAGGAAAUGUGGUACUUCACUGCAAAAGAUAUUGCAAGGAUACUUGGCUGCCUGACAUCAAUGACCCAAAGACCUACCUGACUGAUGAUGACAAAUAUGGUGUUCUGAUUUUUAAGGAAAAGCCUCAUGGUGUACCUGCAGUGGUGCCACCACAUUAUACUUUGUCCGACCAAGAGAUGGAAAAAGUAAAAGAAAAUUCCAAGAAGCUGUUUGAACAUCCAUUGAUGCAGGAUGACAAGUUAUUAAGUAGAAAAACUUGGUGGGAGCAGUACCUGUCCGGUAAUUUAUUGAAAUCCAGAGAUAGCGAUUGGCCAAUAUCUGAUCUUAAAACUAAACGGAAGGAGCAGGACACCAGAAAUGUGGAAGCUGGUCGUUCUGCAACUAUCGAUGUAGCAUACGAAGAAUCAGAAAUGCCCCUGGUAUACUCUGGACAGUAUGUCGACCCUUUGAAAAAGCAAAAAAUUAUACAAGAAAAAGAGAUUGUGAAUAGAGGAGAAUGGCCCAUAAAAAGAGUCGUAAAAGAAAGAACCAAUCAUAGAUCACACAAAAAAGAGUACUUGGUUGAAUGGAAAAACUCUUGGGUUCAAGGUACUGACAUCAACCAACAAUGUAAAGAUGCAUGGGAAAACCAAAAAAAGAAAAAAAGGUGAACUGUGACAGAUGACAUACUGAACACGUUGUGUUGGAGUUUCACAGUAUUCUAUGUCUGCUCAACUUUUUGAACAUGAACUUAGUUUAUGUCUUCAGUAACCGUCACAAAUAUUUUAUACUUUAUUGGACACCAAUAUGAACGGGUUUUUAUUUAAAAUUAUUGGACACCAAUCGAUAGCUUUCAAGGUAUUAGUGCAAAAUUGAUCCAUAAGAGAAAGGCACAAAUGGCAGAUGAAUAAAUCGAUUUCUGUCAUUAUCAACUUCUGCAAUAGCCUUUAAUAAAAAAUUUUGACUUCA